AUGGCCAUCAUGGCAUCGGCUGCUCGCGACAUCCCCCAGACGUCCCCGACCCGAGACAACUUGACUGUUGUAGCGGACCACCGCGACGCCUCCGUGACUGUGGCGCGACCCUUGGACCUCCCGACCCCCCCAAACUCCAUCUCUCCCGGACUUCCCGCCCACGGGCUCAAGGCCCAGCUGCGCAAGGCCCAGCUCGAGCCCGUCGACUCCGACCUCGACCUCCACGACGCGUCCGAGGACGCUCGCAACCGGUCCGUGUCGCCGUCCGACGAGGCCUCGGGCUGCAUCACCCCGGGCCUUCUGGCCAAGCACUACCUCCCGGAUAUACUGCUGAGCCACGGUCCCCUGGCCAUCCGCCACAUCAUGGGCUACCUGACCACGACGGUGCCGGGCUUCGUCACCGUGCCCCCGACCAAGGCUCGCCGGCUGGUCGUCAGCGCCCUCGAGGGCCGCGGCGGCGAGGCGGCCAGGAUGGAGCAGGACGACGUCGAGUUCAACAAGGUCGGAUGGGGUCGAUGGGAUGCCCGCCGACGGGGUGGCGCCGCGCGCGCCAGCGAUGCCGCGUCGCGUCAGAGCCAGGACCGAGGUCAGGGCCCGGCCGGUAUCCCCAUCGGUGACGGUGCAGGACGGGCCGGUGCCCUCGGCAGGCUCAGGGUCCACGUCGCCAGCCCGCCUGCCGACGGUGACUCGUUCCACUUCUCUCACGACGGACGUGACGUUCACAUGAUGACGGACAAUGACGACGUCGACAACAUGUCGAUGGAUGGGUCCGCCGAGGCCUCCUGCUCCGAGGCUCCGGACGACGACGUCAUGAAUGACGAUCCCGAAGACAACACCGACGACGAGGACUGGGCUGCCAUGGGCGCCGCCGCCCUGCGCGCCGACUCCUACCCGACCAACGCUGCUGCCGCGGCUGCUGCCGGCCAGAUGGGCAUGUCCCGAUUCGCCGGCUCCCGAUCCUUUUCUGGCGUGGCUCGCGGCGCUCCCCAGCUCGGCAGCAUCGAUCUUGCCGCUCUCGCUGGCACUUCUGAUGCCCAGGAACGCGAGGCCAUCGAGGCUCUCAUGUGUCUCGGUUCUGUAUAA